GACCUCAGUGUGAUUGUGUGUGAACUUCAAGAGUAGCAAAGCUUGGGGAAGCUCCAUAGCUUUUUCGUUGCGGGAGCUUGUUCCCACAGAAGCAAGAAAAAUGGUGGAGUCUCUGCGAAUCCAGACAUUCGAACAAUUUCCAUCACCCUCUGAAUUAUCUUUUCAGAUUGAAUCUAGAAAUUUAUUUAUUAUUCGAUUCUUACAUAUAUUUCCAUUUUCUUAUUGUUGUUUCCUUAUUUUUCUUCAAAGGUGUUCGUUGGAUGCGUCAAGGAGUGGAAGGCCUUCUCCAGGUGGAAUCCCUCUCAUGGCAGCCUCGACUAUUUGCAGGAACUUGUGAGGUCAUCCAUUGUGGAAGCAAUGAUGUCCAGAUCAGCGCCAGUGUUUUAUGGUGAUCUUAGAAGCGAUGAGAGGAUUCCAAUACCAUUUUCUGCCUUCAUUGGUUUUUGUAAGCAAAAUAUGCAAAAUGCAGAAGAAUAGUCCUGGUGUUUGUCUUGGAUCGGAGAAGCAUCAGCCCCCAACAUCUGGUACAGAGCAGGAGUGUCUGCUCUCUGGAGAUGUCCCUGAACAGAUCUAUUUGGCCCAGGUUCCAUCAAGUAGAUAGUGAUAAAUUGACCAUUGCUGUUAACUUCUGGUGGCAGUCCAAUACCAUGUUUAGCAUGUCUGAACACAUGAAUGCAUAUUAUUUGGGCAUAAUAUUAAGGAGAUUGACCGACAAAGAGAUGAAUGAGGUGCUGCACAAGACUUAUUCUACUUGUUGGGCGAGGCUGAACAGGCAUACAAGUGAGCCGGCUACCAAUGGUCAAGCAGGUCAUAGUUGUGAUUCAGACCAUGCAUGCGAUGGAAUGGAUUUAGAAAGGAAAGACAAACAGCAAACGGUUACUUUCCAUCAAUUGGAAUGCUGUGCUAUUCAGUCUGUUCAUGAACUUGUUUCCCUAGUUCUUGAUCGUGUCGAUGUUGCUGAUCAAAAGCAAUCAUCAUGUUCCGCAACAAAGGAUUCUGUAGCUCGUGCAGGAUAUGAGUGUAUCAAAAUUAAUUCAUAUAAUCUGGAAGAUGAUCCACUUGCUAAAAUUCUUUGGAACCUAGAACCCCCUACUUUUCAAAAUGUGAUUCUUGAUCUGGCGAACAAUUUCCCUAGAACUUUGGAGACUUUUAUUCUGCACUUGCUUUCACCAGUUGGAGCAGAAGUCCUUACACGUAAAUUUGAUGAGAUGGAUCAACAGACUACUGAAGAAGACAGGAACAAAUUCUACCAGAUUUUCUAUGGUUCGUUUGACGACCAAUUUGCCGCAAUGGAAGCAAUUCUGAAUGGAAAAGAGUCCUUUGAAAGGCAGGUAUUUAAGAAUGUGUUAGAUAAAUAUCUGGGAGAACAAUGUGAUGUGCAAAACUCGAAGGCUGAAUAAGAGGUCCAUUGAUGCAAGCUUCAUUAAAGAGAAUGGUCCCCCAUAUGAUAUUGAGAGUAAAUCAGUGCAUUUCACUGCAGAAGCUUUCUGUCUCAGUCAAUAGUUUCACAUGUGAGUGAUCUUAAAUUUUCUAGAUUUAUAAAUCAUUGCUGUUUAUACCAGCCUUGUACGUGAUAUCUGUUCCAAAGUUACUCUGACUGCAAGUGAAUCAACCCAUCUGAAAUUUUGUGCAGUUCAAAUUCUGAAAUUAAAAUUUUCUCUUAGUUGGUAACCAUGUUUGAUAAAAGACGUUAUGGAGCAUAUGAACAGAAUAUUUUUUCAUAA